AUGGCAAAAUCUGUUGGCUCCAGCACCACAAUUGUUCUACUAAUAGCUCUCCUUCUCGUUGCUUCCAUGGAAGUGCCAGCGGUUGAAGGACAAAGAGGAUGCAAGCAGGCGAGCAAGUCGAUGACCACCUGCACAGCCCACCCAGAGUGUGACAAAAAAUGCAAAGGAGAGAAAGCAAAGAUGGGACUUUGCCGUGCUGAUGGUCCCAAAGGCAAAAAGUGCUGGUGCUACAUGUGUUAA